AUGUAUUACUGUGAUUUUGACCACGUGUAUGAUUACAUAUAUGACAUAUUUACAAAUGAAUAUGCAUGGAUUCAUAAUUGCCAUAUACAAGGGCCUUUCUUAGCUGAAAUUAAGACAAAUUUACAAGAGACAGUGAACCAUGCAAACUUGGACCGUUCUCUGUACUUGUAUUCCGGUCAUGACGUAAACGUGGUCGCGCUUUGGCGAGCGCUUGGCUUUGAAGAGUUACUGGACCCCGACUAUGGAGCCAGCCUUGUGUUGGAGCUCCAUGAGGAGGUGGAACAAGAUAGCUUUUUUGUCAAGUUAUUCUAUCGCAACAACACUAAGGUCGAAAUUCCAAUGGAACUAAAUAUGCCGUUCUGCGAAGACCCUUGCACAUACAAACGAUUUAUCCAGCACAUCGAGUCUUUAAUACCUGCCGACUGGGAAGCAGAAUGUCAAAAUUGA